AUGUGCAUUUCGGGUCGUGGUCCGUCAACCGUUGGUGGGUCUUCGACGAUCUCCUCCCCCUGCUGGGUCAACUUGGUCAUGUUCCGGCCAUACGGAGCAGUCCGGGUGUAGCCCAGUCCCAAGAUGACCGCACUGCAUGCACAACGCUUCAUCCUCCAUGCAAGCCCCGUUGCUUCGCUGGGAUCCUCGUGAUGCCUACCCCUUUGGGCCUUGGCAGGAGAGACCCGCUCAACCGGCUCUCGUGCCUCAUCAACACUGACUUUCGACGGCCACAAUAAUGAAUGAACGCCUUCAACUAGUGGCCCAAGCCUUGGGUGGCUCGACUGGCUCGAAUUGAAGCCCAGUAGGCCCCCUUCCUGGCUAGUGACCACGGACCACCGUCAUCCACCAUCAUGGGAAAAUCAGCAAUAAAUUCUACGGAGAUUCGGCUUCGCAGUUGGUAUGACAAUCGCAAUUGAUCGUCCCGUCCAUCUGACACCGUCUCUGACUUCCUCGCCACACCUGGACGGCACGACCGGCUGCAGAUGUUCCCACCCAUGCUGCAACCAACCUGCUCGUGAUGAUUGCUCACUGGCGAGCUGAGAUGAGCAUCGCUCCACUCAGCCUGGCAACAGGUCCAAGGUCGGGAGGCUAAAGCCAAGUCCAAGGGGGCAGUGGAUCAGUGGACGUGCAACAUUGGAUGGCUCGAAUUGUGGGCUGAGGGCCAUAAUUCGAGCUAUCCAGACCGGGGUAACCAACUUGUGCAGGGCUCCAGACUCUGGUCUAUUCCCCUUCAGGCCAUGGUCUAUCUGGUUCCGAUGGAUUGCAGCAUUGUGGAAGGCAAAGAAAACACAAAAGUGGAGAGCACUAGGGCGUCUCAGGGUGUGCUAUUCUUUGCUAUGGAGCACACGGAGCCAAAGACUCAACUUUGCCUGCUAUCACUCGCUCAUGGCUGAUCCGUGAUUCUUCGUUCUUGAUCCAUGAUCAGGGGUAUAUAAGCAUCGGGAAUCUUCGCCUGGAACGGCUUCUGGUCCGUCCUAUACUGUCGCUUUCUAUUCUUUUUUUUCCUUUUUAUCUUGUCGACUUUUUCUUGGGAUAUCGAUUCCCUAUCCAUCCAUUUACACAAACUACAAACUCAACAGCCAUUGUUGCUAUACUCUCACUAUCAUUACUUUUGAUACCCUCAUCGAAAACCGAACACAUUGAUCAUUGACUAUGCGUUCCGACCUUCUUUUGCUCGCCACUCUGGCGAGCUCUGCUCUCGCUUAUCCUACCGAAGUCGCCGUUGAGCGUCGUACUUUCGGUCUCCUGGCUAGUCUUCUCGGUGACGCUGCCGCGGAUGUCAUCGGUCUGGUCGACUCCCUGCUCGGCGUCGGUGUCCACGGUUCCGUCUCCGUCCUGGCUGGCCUCAGCGCUCACGGUGCUGCUGCUCUGGAGGGAGGUGUUUUGGGAUGUACUGCCGGUGUUAUCCACGCCGGUGCUCGUGCUCAACUGAAGGCGUGGCUGGCUGGCCAGACCCACAUCUCCGGUUCCCUGAAGACCUCUUUGCUCGCUUGGUGUGAGGGCUCCGGCUCUGCUACCUUGAGCGCCGACGUUAUUGCUGCCCUGUCGGUCUACAUCCCUACCUGUGCCGACAUUGCCGCCAAGGAGUCGAUCUAUGUCACCGUCGAUGGUAUCUUCUCUUCCGCUGAGCUCUCCUCGACUCUCGUUCUGAGCGCUUCUGCUCAAACUACUCUCUCUGCUUUCCUUGAUGUCCAUGUUGGCCUUGGUGCUGACAUCCAGGCCGGUCUCAGUGUCUGUGCUGCCGGUGGUGUGAUCGCCAGCUUGGAGGCUGAUGUCAAGGCUUCCCUGAUUGCUUGGCUCAACGCUUCCGACUGCCCUCUCGAGGCCGCUCUCAAGGCCUCCAUCCUCGGCUGGUGCCACGGGUCGCACGCCAGUGGCCUCGUCGAGAUCGGUGCUAUUGCUGACACCGCUCUCACCGCUAUCUCCGUCGGUGCCUCCGUUGGUGCUAACGUCGAGGAAACCGGUGCUCUUUCCGUCCACGCCCAGGCUUCUCUUGCCGCUUUCUUGAACACCAACCUCGCCAUUGACAUUGAUGCUGAAAUUCUGGUAUACCUCAAGGCCUGCGCUGGUGGCAAGCUCGCCGCUUCUCUCGAUGCUGACGCUCGUGCCGCUCUCGCUGUCUGGUUGUCAGGCUCCAGCUGCUCUCUUGGAGUUGAACUGAAGGCUAUCGUCCUGCUCUGGCUGUCCGUUUCUGCCACUGCCGAGGCCUCUCUCGACCUUGUGAGCGGCCUCUUCGUUGACAUCUCCGGCUUCCUGACCGAGACCAUCAUCGCUUCUCUGAGCAUCAACCUUCGUGGUGCCCUCGGCCUCCUCGCUGGUGGUGAGAGCCUCGCCACCCUCAACUGGGACGCUCGUGCUGAGCUGGCUGCCUUCCUCGCUGGCUGCACUGGCAUUGAUGUUAGCGUUAGCAUCCAGCUUAUCAUCAUCGAGUGGUUCACUGGCUGCAGAAUCCCCAGUGCUCCCGCCCCGUCCUCCGCCGUCUCCAGCCUGCCCUCUGCCACCCCCGUCGGCGUCUCCAGCACUCCUCUGAUCCCCUCCGGUUCCACCCCUACUGGCUCCGUUCCCUCCGUCAGCAUUCCUUCCGGUGGUGUCCCUACUGGCCCUGCUGCCUCUGGCUCUGUCACCGUUCCCUCCGGCUCUAUCCCCACUGGCUCUGGCUCUGGCUCGUCUGGCUCUGGCUCGUCUGGCUCUGGCUCCUCGGGCUCGGGCUCUGGCUCUGGCUCUGUCACCGUUCCCUCCGGCUCUAUCCCUACCGGCCCUGCUGGUGGUGUUCCCGGUAACGGCGCUUCCUCUACUCCUUGCGAUACCGAGACCAUCCCCGUUGUCACCUCCACUGUUAUCCCCGGCGGUCCUGCUGCUACUGGCCAUCCCGCUGGCCCCACUGAGACCGGUGCUGGUGCUGCUAGCACUCCUUGCGAGACUGCUCCUACUGGCACCUCUCCCACUGGAACCCCUGGCUCUGGCUCUAGCGGCUCUGGCUCUACCGGCUCUGGCUGGUCUAGCUCUGGCUCCAGCGAGAGCUCUUGGACCUGGUCUGCUGGUGGCGCCCCUGCUCCCACCGCAGCCCCCACUGGUUCUGGCUCCGGCUGGGCCUCCGAUACUUGGACCGAGACCGUCACCAUCUACCACACCGUCUGUGACUGCGAGUAAGCGGUUACAUGCCCUGACAAACUAUGUGAAGAGAUCUUCAUACCCCCCCAUCUCCACGCACUUGUCUUUGCAUCUUUCUCACGCCCCCAAGAUGACUCUUUGACACAAUAUGUACUGGUGUGGUUCCUGCAGUAUCUGCUCUAGACUCGGGUUCACCUACUCCCAACUUUCCUCAUGUUCCCCCUGGUGAUUUGCCCAGUGAAUGUCUGGCCUUCCUGUCCGUAGAUAUUUAAUUAUAAUUCUAAUCUGCUGUGGAAGAUUUGAGCUUGGUCCUUUUAUUUUUGUUCUCUUUAGUCGUAAGGUUAUUAUUGUAGUCCGUUCUCCACAUGAAUUCGUAGCUUUGGUUGAAAUAGCCAAAGACUUGAUUUGAUCACUUGUCAUAUCUAAGUAAUAGUCAAAUCUUGUCAUUGCCCUCAAUAAUUUCAGUGGAGCGCUUUACUAUCUAUUCUUCGCAAACUUCUGUGGUGCUUAACUCAAUUUUGUUGCCCUUAUGUAAGAACUUCACGUGUAGGCUACAUCUUGCACUCUUUUAAUGUUAUGAGGAACACUGGAAGUAUCCUGCGUAUCUAUUUGAUUGAGACCCAUGAGUGGAGAGGUAGGUUCUACUCUAACACAAGAAGGGUCCAUGAUGGACUAGGCCUAAACGUCAUGCGUUCAAGCCAGCCUCGCCGAUUAGCGGACAGGUGGCAGGAAGGGGAAAGGGUCGUCAAUCAGGGCUUUCCAGGAGGUAUUGAAGAGUAAGGCUGGCCAUCCAUCUUCUUCGGAGCCUUGGGGGUCUAUUUUAAGUCAUAUGUCAGUUAUUAGGGAUAUAUCAGAUGAAGUGAAAAUGGGAUUCGGCACCACAUACAAUGAGAUGAGGACAUGUUUUUUUUGAACACUAUCUCAGGAUUUGCUUCAAUCACUUACCAGUCGGAUCUCGACCAAGCUCUUGUCCAGCGGAAUGGUCGUUCUGGCGUCAUCUGCUCCCACAUGGCCCUCCCCAGGGGCAUCGUCUAUGUUAGGCUGUUGCUCAGGCUUUCUAGGCCUGGCAACCUUCUCAUCCUCGCCAAUAUCAUUUUCUGGCUGAGGCAGCCGCUCGACGGCUUUCGCGAAGAGGGAGGGGGACGUAUCUUUCGAGAGAUCGUUUUCGAGGCGACGCCUCGCGACCCUCGAAGGGGAUACGUGCGGGUUUUCUCUGGGGAGGAGGUAAGCGGGGUGAAGGAGAGGGGGAAAAAGAUCCUCUGGAUCAUUGAGAUUCGUACAUGGUCUCUUCUCAUUGCGUUCUGGGGAUUAACCGCGACGGCUAUCGCCCGGGGGUGUGCGAGAAGGGCGACGCCAUUGAGGAGAGCGAGACGAGGAACGGGCGGCGGGAGGAGUGCGAGUCGGCCGGCGGAAUCGAGGAGGGGAACGAGAGGAGGAACGGCCGCGCGGGGGAGUGCGAUCUGGGCGAUCUGAAGGGUAUGAGAACGAAUUGUCGCGGCGAGGAGGGGAUUCGCGAUGACGAUAGCGACCGUAUUGAGGGAGCGGAGAGCGAGAGCGGCGUCGAUUGUAGGAUCUUCUUCCUCCAAAGUUGCGGUCGCCUCGAUCGGAACGCUCUCGCCGUCUCAUAUCAUUCAGCUCGCGCUCUCGGAUGCGCUCCUGUUCUUUCUCGCGCCGAACAGCUUCGGCGGCUCUUUCCGCCUCAAU